AUAGUACGGAGUAUUCUCAGAAACCUGGUACGUACUACCUAGUACAUUCUUUACCAAAUUAGACAUUUCGGCAACAUUUUUUCCUUUGAAAGUCUUCAAAAUCUUCGGGGACAACAAUGUCAAAUCGUUCCACGACACCCCAAAAACUACAUUGGUUAACAGUUCACAUCUCACACAGUACAUAGUAACACACCAGAGCUGAAACCGCCUUUGGCCUAAAGCUUGCAUGGCAUUCAAUUGAUCAGACUCCCAAAAAGGGCAGAAAAAUUCCAAAAGAAACAGCUUCACGGAUUCCAAACCCGGGAUUCUGCAGUAAUUCAUAAAUCAGGGUUUAUCAUGAAAUUGGGGGCUUUGAGUUCUUGACUCUGAAUUUUUGAUUGAGGGCUGAUUCUUGAGAAAUGGUGGUGGCUUCUUCUUCUGCUACCCCUCCUUCGGAGAAAGACCUUGAGGAGGAGGUCAUAGAUUAUGGGGUUAGGCUUUUCACUCCCCCUUCUUCUAAUGAUGAGCUUCUCAGCUUCCUCGAUAAAGUCGAAUCCCUACUAGUCAGGGUAGGGCAAGCCCCUUCAGAGACCAUGAGGAAUGCCCUUCAUCCAAUAAUGAAAGCGCUAAUUGGUUCAGAGCUUUUGGUACAUUCUGAUGAAGCUGUAAAAGUUUCAGUUGUAUUGUGUCUCAGUGAAAUAAUGAGAAUAACUGCACCACGUCAACCUUACGAUGAUGCUGUAAUGAAGGAAAUUUUUCAGCACAUCGUAGGAACAUUUGAGAAGUUAGAAAAUGUCAAGAGUCACUGCUAUUCGAAGGCUGCGCAAAUUCUUGACAAUGUUUCAAAGGUCAGGGCAUGUGUGAUGCUUUUGGACCUUGAAUGUGACACAUUAGUUGUUGACAUAAUUAAACUAUUCCUCAGAAUCAUCAGCUCCUCUCAUGCCAAUGAUGUAUUCACAAACAUGGAAGAGAUCAUAAUUUGGAUCAUCAAAGAAAGUGAUGAAGUUUCGGGCGAGCUGUUAAUGCCCCUUGUUGAUAGCAUCAAGAAUGAAAAUCAGACUGUUUCACCUGUUUCGUGGCAGUUGGGACAGAAUGUCUUGGAAAAGUGUUCUUCCAUAAUCAGACCUUAUGUAAUCGAAGCAGUAAAAUCGAAGAACUUGGACAUUCUUGGUUAUGCCGGGAUACUUUCCUCAAUAUGCCAAGAAGUGCCCGAGGGAGAAGACAAGACGGAAAAUGAGAAUGGACCUCUUGCUGCAUGCCCUGUGGAAGUAGCGUCCAACGCUCAAGUUCCUCCAGUAUUGCAACGGGAAGACACACCAACUUCGAUAGAUAUUAGUAACAAAAACCAGGAAUCUGAAAACUCAUCGAAGACAUCACAACAUUGUGGUCAGAUAGAGCAUCUAAAAGAUACUGGUCCUGAACAUCAUAGUUUAGAAGAUAGGCAACCGGGAUCGAAUACGAGUGGGCUUCCAAAGAAAAGGGGUAGGAAGCCCAUGAAAAAACACGAUGCAGCUUCAAAGGAGUCGCCUUUGCUACCAGAAGAUGAAAAGCAGACUGCAACUGCUAUGCUUUCACCAGAACAUCCGGUUUCUAGUUCAUCAAAAGGCAAUAAGGAUGGGAGCACUCGAAAAAGAGGGCGUCCAAAGAAGAAUCAGUCCGAUCAGUCUUUGGAAAAAGGAUCUGAGGUGGGCACUACCAAGGCAAAACGUAGGAAGGGCUCUGGGAAGAAUGAGCCAUCUGUCCAGUAUAACGCUGAGAAAUCUCCUGGUUCAAACGUUGUCAUUAAAACGGAAGAUGAAAUUCUUAGUGCAGAUAAGUCAUCACUUCACCAAAAUGAAAAUCUCUCAAAGAAAACUGCCAAAGCUAACAAGGAAAAUGCUGGCAACAGAGAGGAUACCGAGAAGAUUGCUGAAAUCAAGGCCAGCCAUGGUGAAGAAUUGGUUGGUGCGAAAAUUAGAGUUUGGUGGCCAAUGGACCAAGAGUUUUACGAGGGUGAGGUUUCUUCUUUUGACCCUGUGAAGAAACGGCACAAGGUUGUUUAUGCUGAUGGUGAUAUAGAAAAGUUGAAUCUUGCUAAGGAACGAUGGGAAAUGAGUACAGAGAUUCCUUCCAACGAAGAUCAUGAAGCAGAUCCUCCGGUUUCAUCAGCUAUGGAUGGGAGGAAGAAAAGAAAAGGCGACUCUUCAAGAAAACAAAAGCCCGCCAUUUCAGCAACAAAAAGGUCUAGACGCAAAGUACAAGGAGGCAGUGGCGGCGUGACUGCAAAAUCUCCUAAGCCCGACGACUUCUGGGUUGCAGAUGAAGCGAACGACAACACAGCUACGCAAGGCGAGCAGCCAGGUAACGAUGAAAACACUCCUCCACACAAGGAAGAGACUGAAGCUCCUGUAGAGCCAUUGGAAACCGUCAACCCGGGCGAAACCCCUACGGCUGUUGCUUGAGCGAGAAUACACUAAUUUGCGGGGACUAAGACCAGAGAAAGCCUACCCAAAUCAUUGAUGAGAGGGUGAUUAGAGUAGAAAAAUGAAGUGGCAAAAAUACACUGAGUGUGUAAAACUUGUUCUUCUUCACCCCAUACAAUAGAAGAAGCGUAUUUGCUUGUAUUGUGUAACCUUUUUCUUUUUAAAUGUA